CCCUUGAAGGGGUUAAAGGCCUCCUGGAGUCAAAAACAAGCAGGUGUCCCACCGUGCCAGAUACGCCGCCUAAACUGCUUCCAGCUUCUUUCCUUCUGCAACAAGUCUGUGAUCAGCCACGAGACAGAGGAGCCAGCAGCCUGCCUGUGACAGGCAUCAGGUUAGCUCGCUCCCACUCGGGUGCGCCCAGGAUAGAAAUCCAGGCCGGGCCCCUGCUGGGGCUCCUCUCCCUGCACACCCGGGAGAGGGGGUUUCCUGGCAAAGACCUUUCUUUUCUCAGAAGCCGUGCAGCCCCGCGGGCUCCGCUGACUUGGUGGAGGCCGCCACGGCAGGGCAGCCUGACCAGCAGCAAGGAAGCCUGCGUGGGGGCGGGGGUGAGGGCAGGGGUCUGCAGCCCCCGGGAAGGAGAGGGCCCUGGUGGGCCUCAGCCCCUGGCAGCGUCGCAGGGGGGGCCUCUGGCUGCUGCAAACCGCACCAUGUGGGCCCCGGGGUGCCACCGGUUCUGGGCCCGCUGUGGGCAGGCGGCGGUGCUGCUGCUGCUGCUCGGGGUGCCCCUGGGGGGCCUGGCGCUGCCGCCCAUCCGCUAUUCCCACGCUGGCAUCUGCCCCAACGACAUGAACCCCAACCUCUGGGUGGAUGCCCAGAGCACCUGCAAGCGGGAGUGUGAGACGGACCAGGAGUGUGAGACCUACGAGAAGUGCUGCCCCAACGUGUGUGGGACCAAGAGCUGUGUAGCAGCCCGCUACAUGGACGUGAAGGGGAAGAAGGGCCCGGUGGGCAUGCCCAAGGAGGCCACGUGCGACCACUUCAUGUGUCUGCAGCAGGGCUCUGAGUGUGACAUCUGGGACGGCCAGCCCGUGUGUAAGUGCAAAGAUCGCUGUGAGAAGGAGCCCAGUUUUACCUGCGCCUCGGACGGCCUCACCUACUAUAACCGCUGCUACAUGGACGCCGAGGCCUGCUCCAAGGGCAUCACGCUGGUUGUUGUCACCUGCCGCUAUCACUUUACCUGGCCUAACACCAGCCCCCCGCCACCUGAGACCACCAUGCAUCCGACCACAGCUUCCCCGGAGACCCCUGGGCUGGACACGGCUGCCCCGGCUCUGCUCAACCACCCCGUGCACCAGUCGGUCACCGUGGGCGAGACAGUGAGCUUCCUCUGUGACGUGGUGGGCCGGCCCCGGCCGGACAUCACCUGGGAGAAGCAGCUGGAGGAUCGGGAGAACGUGGUCAUGCGGCCCAACCACGUGCGUGGCAACGUGGUGGUCACCAACAUUGCCCAGCUGGUCAUCUAUAACGCCCAGCUCCAGGACGCUGGCAUCUACACCUGCACGGCCCGGAAUGCCGCCGGCAUCCUCCGCGCCGACUUCCCGCUGUCGGUCGUCCGGGGGGGCCCGGCUGCAGCCACCGUGGAGAGCAGCCCCAACGGCACGGCUUUCCCUGCAGCCGAGUGCCUGAAGCCCCCCGACAGCGAGGACUGCGGCGAGGAGCAGACCCGCUGGCACUUUGACGCCCAGGCCAACAACUGCCUCACCUUCACCUUUGGCCACUGCCACCGCAACCGCAACCACUUCGAGACCUACGAGGCCUGCAUGCUGGCCUGCCUGAGCGGGCCGCUGGCCGUGUGCAGCCUGCCGGCGCUGCAGGGGCCCUGCAAGGCCUACGCCCCGCGCUGGGCCUACAACAGCCAGACGGGCCAGUGCCAGUCCUUCGUCUACGGUGGCUGUGAGGGCAACGGGAACAACUUUGAGAGCCGAGAGGCCUGCGAGGAGUCCUGCCCCUUCCCUUGGGGGAACCAGCGCUGCCAGGCCUGCAAGCCGAGGCAGAAGCUCGUGACCAGCUUCUGUCGGAGCGACUUUGUCAUCUUGGGCCGAGUCUCCGAGCUGACCGAGGAGCCCGACGCGGGUCGCGCCCUGGUGACAGUGGACGAAGUCCUGAAGGAUGAGAAGAUGGGCCUCAAGUUCCUGGGCCAGGAGCCGCUGGAGGUCACUCUGCUCCACGUGGACUGGACCUGCCCCUGCCCCAACGUGACCGUGGGCGAGACACCGCUCAUCAUCAUGGGGGAGGUGGACGGCGGCAUGGCCAUGCUGAGGCCCGACAGCUUCGUGGGAGCGUCCAGCACCCGGCGGGUGAGGAAGCUGCGCGAGGUCCUGCACAAGAAGACCUGCGACGUCCUCAAGGAGUUCCUGGGCUCACCCUGAAGCCCCCCCUCCCAGCCCUCUCCACCCACCCCCCGGACGCCCCUCAGUUAGCACACGGGGCAAGGUCAGAUUCGACAGUCUUAGGCCAGCAAAGGAAUAUCAGUCAGAAAAAAAGCCACCAGAAGGCUUAGAUCAACUUCUGCUCUUUGGGUUCAAUCAGGGGGUUCAUCUUGCGUAGCUGAGGGGGACAAAAGGAGAAGUCGAUAGACACUGGCAAAUUUUUCCCGAUGACCAGUCGCCUUGGGCAUUAUUCUCUUCCCUUUGCUGGCCGCCCCCUCCCUGGCUCUCCAGCCGCCCACCCAGCCAGCCUCCCACCAGGGUUCCAGGCUAGCAGCCGGCAGUGGUCACAGGAAUCAUGGAAUGAGUUGGUUUUGCGAAAGGGGCGGGUGAGGAGAGAAAGGAGGGUCCAGGGACUCACGGGACACAUUCCCCACAGCCCCUAGACCACUGUGAGCAGAGACCACUUCAUGUUUGGGGUCACAUCACAAGAAGUGGGAAGCAGGGGCAUGGCCCAGCCCAGCACAUGACUUGCCCAGUGGAGGCUGCUCAGCAGGGGUCAGCCUGCGCUCCGGUCAAGUUGGCCCUGCCCUCGCUGGGGCUACCAGCAGAACACAUUGCUCAUGCUUCAUCUCCUUGGCUUUAUUGAUUGGUCUAUUGAUGGUUGAUUUAUUAAUUCAAUUCUGUUCAGUCCAACUCAACAGACAUUUUCUGAACAUUAGGGGCCAGGUGCUAGGAUCUCAGAGAGCUGUUAGUCACUUUCCAGCUCACAGUGACUGAACACGAUGUCCAGAUCCAAGGAGUUCCCUCAGCAGCAGACCCUUGGCUGGCCCUCCCAGAUGUCAAAUGGUUCCAUUUGGCAGUCAGGAUGCUUUUAUCUGUCACUGGCUUCCUUGGACAUAAAGCAGAUAGAAGCCCCAGGAUAUGUUUUGGUAGGAGGAGAAAUAAAGGAAGAGGAAAAACAGGCAGG